AUGUCAGGAAUUAGAACCGUUUCUUCGUCUUCCGGGAAUGUUAAAAGCUAUGACUCCAUAAUGAAGAUUCUACUAGUGGGUGACUCUGGAGUGGGCAAAUCGUGCUUGCUGGUGCGAUUUGUAGAAGAUAAGUUCAGCCCCUCUUUCAUUACGACGAUCGGAAUAGAUUUCAAGAUCAAGACCGUGGACAUAAACGGAAAGAAGGUAAAACUACAACUGUGGGACACUGCUGGUCAAGAACGGUUUAGAACGAUCACUACAGCGUACUACCGGGGUGCGAUGGGCAUAAUACUGGUUUACGACGUGACUGACGAACGUACUUUUGCCAAUGUCAAGCAGUGGUUCAGCACAGUCAAUCAGCACGCUAAUGAGGAAGCCCAGCUUUUGUUGGUGGGAAACAAGAGUGACAUGGAUUCGCGUGCGGUGACAACGGAGCAGGGUGACAGCUUGGCCAAGGAGCUGGGUAUCCCCUUUGUUGAGGCCAGCGCAAAAGACGACACCAAUGUCAACGACAUUUUUUUCCUGCUUGCUAAGUUGAUCCAGGAGAAAAUCGACAGCGAAAAGCUCGUGGGAAACGCAGGUCGUGACGGAAAUGUUAACAUUGGAUCUUCAAACCAGGGAACCAAGUCCGGCUGCUGUUAG